AUGUUUGUACGGACGACUCGACUCUGCUGUGCUACUACUGCCACGCGGCUCGUCCGUCCAACACGACGUGUGUGGCACGCAGCUUUCUUGGAUGCAGCCGAAGCAUCGGAGAUUGCCAAGGAAAUUCGAGUACUGAUGCUGGAAAAUCAAUUGCGGUUGAUGCAUCCUCCUCUCCAAUUGGAUUUGGAUCGGCACGGACAUGGCCAACAACGGCUCGACGAACUACAUCAAAAAUACGAAACCGUCACGGGAGAACCACUCGAAGGGAAUAAUGAGGAAGGAAAAUUGAGUGAAUUGGAAAAACUCAAGGUCAAAAUACGAUUGUGGCAGCAACAAUUGCAGACUAUUCGAGAAGAGAAAAGCAGCAAUGAUACCAUUUCGGACAAGCAACGGCAAAUUGUCACGCUGGUGACGCGUGUCGAGGCACUGCAGGAAGAAUAUGCCACAAUCAAGGGAAGAGACUCCCUACAAGCCAACCAAAAACAUCUCAAUUGA